UCUGGCGGUGCCCCUGAGAACCAGGCAGAAGGAGUGAAGUAGUUCCUAUUAUGUAUUCCGUAGUUGGGGAAUGAAGUAGUUCCUAUUAUGUAUUCCGUUCUUUAGAUUUAACGUCUGGGUUGCCAUAUUCGCGGUUUUCAGGCUGAAUUGGGCUACUUUUCAAACAAUGUCGCUGGUGAAAAUUAAUUGGUGGCGGGUUUUGUACUUCUGAACUUCACCGCGGUAGUUCCCUUGUAAAAUAAUCAAAAUUGGGAAACAACAAAAGUUGGGCUGGUUGUCGGGCAUUUUGGGCGAGUUUUGAGCACUCGUUGUGCGGAUUUUUUUUUUGCUUAACCAGGCAACACUGAACGCGCUAGACAUCGUGCCGCCCGCCAUCUGUCAAGCGAUAACCAAGCAGGAAAUCCUUUUCCAGUGGAUUCAUGCGGGAUACGACUUUACAAUAACGAUACAUCGGAAUGGAUUCUGAGAAGCCACCACAAUUAACAGCAGAAGACGAUGUCCCUGACCCAGAGGAGGAACAAAAGAGGCUGGCGGCAGCAGCCAGAGAGGCUAACCGUCUGUCUGAGCUGAGACUGGUGCUGUUGGGCUGGAGGUGGCCUGGGAAGAGCUUGACAGGCAACACCAUCCUGGGUCGUGAGGAGUUCCGUCUGGAGCGGGCCGCUGAGUUCUGCGUCAAGCGUCAGACAGAGGUGGAGGGACGCCAGGUGACCAUCAUAGACACACCCGGCUGGUUCUCAGCACAGGACACACCGCCCGCCUACCAGCAGGAAAUGGUACGGGGCGCCACCCUGUGUGGCCCCCCUGGCCCGCACGCCUUCCUACUGGUCAUUCCCGUAGGGAUGUUCACUGAGGUGGACCGGGCCCGCAUCGAGGAGCACCUGGCCCUGUUUGGCGACCAUGUGUGGAGGCAUACCCUCGUGGUAUUCACCUGGGCGGAUGUGCUGAGGAACAUGUCCAUCGAGAGGCACAUUAAGCGGGAGGGGAAGGAUCUGCAGUGGGUGCUGGAAAAGUGCAAGAGGAGGUACUUUGUCAUCAAUAACUGCAUAUUUGGGGAGCACCCCCAACUGAGGCAGCUCAUGGAGAAGGUAGAGAAACUGGUGGCGGAAGAGGGCAUCUAUAACCCGGAGGAGGUGGACGUGAAGAAGAAACCUCUGGAAAAGGAUGAGAACCAAACCCCGAACCGGGAGCUUGGGGCAAGACCCAAAGUGAACUCUGCCCUAGGAUUGGCCAAAGUAGGCGUGGACCCACCCCACAAUUCAGUGACUGGACUGACAAACUGACGGAGAGUUGGUGAGCUACUACAGUACUGAUUUGAGAGCGUUUGGAUCAAUGCCCGUACCUUUGUCCAACCUCGGUGGCCGUGUUCAUAAACUCUCUUGAGUGUAGGAGUGCUGAUCUAGAAUCCAUCUUUUAGAUGGUAAUAAUUGAGCCCGGUAAGGAGGCCUAGGUCGUUCAGUACCCCUUCUUUGAGAUGCUUUAUAAAUACUGGCCCCUGGUUGUUUUAGACUUUCAAGGCUUUAUAAUUACAAGAUGAGAAUAUAAACCUAAAAUAACUUCAAUAGUUAAAUGUGUAUCAGUAUAGUCUCCAUCUACCUGGUGUUCCAUGAAGGCAGGGCGAUGUGAGAGCUACUUUGAGACUAAUCUGAGGCUGGGACAGACACCGGAAAGACCUUAAUUACUACAAAUCCCUACAGUGUAUUUUAGACCACUAUACUGUACAGUUGCACUACUUGACAAACAAAUAUGUAAUUGACUGUUAAAAUGAACUGUGCAUAUCCUUUUCUACCAAUUGUGACCAAAACUACAAUGCAUUUUAGAUGUAAUUUGGGAUAAGUAUACUGUUUCAUCAGGCACUCAAAGUGCCGGUACUGUUUUAGUCAACUUUUAUAAAGAGAACAAUAUUUAUGUCUGGUUUUUGUUUAUGUGUGUAAAAUGAUACAUUUGCAUCUUUUAUUUGUUAUCAGGCUCAUGUAUCCAACCCAAACCCCUAUGUAUACCAAUGGCUGCUGAAAUUCUGUAAAAAAAAAAAAAAUACAUACUGGGAUGAAGAAGUAAGGCAUUUGAAAUAACUGCUGAAAUCUUAUUUAAGGUGCAAAUUGAAUGAUUAAUCAACAAUGCAUUGCAUUAGCAUAUUUUUUUUAAAUCUUGGAAGCUGUGUGACCCAGAUGCUCCCAACCUUUCUCCCAAGGCCUCCUUUUGCACUUCAAUGUGGAUUUUAUUAUAGAUAUUUUAUAAAAAGUGAUUACUGUUACUAAUUCAUAUGAAACCUCUUGAAUUAUAGAUUUUCGUAUGUCAGAAAGUGGUUAGGUCAAUUCAUAGCAACAGUUACACAAUUACCUUCCAACCAGAGUCACAUGUCUUUGAGGUUUCGAAAUUAUGUAUUUUCUGCCGAAACAUCUGUCUGACUCAUGCCUGUAUAAAUGGACUGAUUAAUUGCAGAGGCCACAUGUCUGUCACAGAUGGAUCACCAUAGACCAGUGGUUCAUAAAGAUGUUUUGUGUUGGCGCCUUGUCAACAUUGUUACUGAAUUAAAAAAACUAUUACUAUAUAAUACAUUUGAUUUUAAUGAUGUUGUCAAUUCAAAUACGUAUUAUAUAGUCAUAGUUUUAUUAGGCUACCCUUCAGAAAUGUCCUGAUUAAUGACCAGGAAGCACUUGUAUUUCCCCCGGUUUGGCUGGACAGAUUUGAUCAGCAUCUAUAUUUUUACAUAAAAAUGGCUAAUAUCUUUGCCAGUAUGAUGGCAGUUUAUACAGUUAUUUUUGGUAUGUCUAUUGAAGACCACACUGCCUUAAAUGUAUUUAAAUGUAAACCCUUUUGAUAUUCCUGAGGAAGAACAGUGGCCUAACAGGAAAGCCAUCCUGAAAUCUGUAUACAGGUAGACUGAAUGAUUCUGCUAAUUUAGACUCCGGGGAAGUGAGAUGAAAUCCAGAGAUUUUUACUUGCUUAACAUGCAGGUCUAAAAACCGUUUGCAUUGUGGAUAAUGCAUUGCCGUUUAUUCCAGCCUAAUCACAGGCUACAUUUGAGUAAAAAAGCUAUUUUGUGUGUGAUAGUUAAAUUCUGUGUAGGGUCUGGUCUUAUCUUGGUCUUUGGCUCCUUAUAUAUUACAAAUAUAAAAAAACAAUAAUAAUGAAAAGGCUCAUGUUGGGUCAUUUGCAAUAUUUCUUAACUCAGGGCUCUUUCAAAGCAUCAGACACGCUCAAAACAUAUACUGUUUUUUAAAUAAAAAUGUCUUAUAUUGAAAACCUAGAUUUAUUUUGCGUGGGACAUAAAGUAGGAUCUCUUAAUUAAUCAGAUUAGUUAGGAUUGAAUUACCAAUCUGAAGUGGCCCAUAAUGAUAGUAUUGCAAUAGGAUUAUUUGCUGUUGAUAUUAUAUAUCCCCAUGGUCAAUGUUUAAAUUUUUUACACAUAGUUACUCUUGUUACAAAUGUUUGAUACUAGCUAGUAGUAGCUACAAACACUAACAUCUGCAGUGGGUUUUACAGUGAUAUGAAAAUUGUUAUAGAAACAAUUUCACAAGCAUUGGCUGAUGAGAGUUUUGAGGGCUCCGUGAUAAGAAAAGUAUCAGCACAGUAAUUGCUGUUUGUGUUACUUCUGGUUGAUUUAUUUAUUUUGGGCAGAUGAGGAAGCUGUGUUUGUAAAUCAAUAAAAGUUGUUUUUUGUUUCCAUU